AGGUCUAAAUUCGCAAAUAUAACAAUAAUUUAUUAUCUACUCAAUUCAAACAUAAAUCUGAUCCAAGUGUUCAUCCUGACUGAUGUUUUUAAACAUCUUAAUCCUGACAAUUACUUUUUAGCAUGACACAGUCAGCAAAAUUCACGUUCAAUGCAUUUGAUGAUUUCAUCACAAAAUCUUUCGAAGAACUUUGCACUUAUGAGGAAAUAUUCAGAAAUCAAAUUGUCGUGGAAACAUUUACAGAGUUCGUGGAAAAGAACAAGGAAAAUUUGCAAAACAUAUUUUUAGCUGUAACCGGAGCUCAAUGUAAUCAACAAUUUUUAAACAAUGGACUGGAUUAUUUAGAAUUAGAACAGCAAAACCUGGAUAGAGGAAUAACUUGCUUCGAAAAUAAUUUUAGGGGCCCCGAGUAUUUAACCCCCAAAGAUGUAGCUAGAGUAGAUUUAUAUGAUUUUUUACUAUGUGUUAGAACAAAAAUGGCAAAUAUUGGAGAUAUGGUAGAACACAUGAAUUCUGAAAUAAGAGAAGAGAAGAAAAAUAUCAAGAAAAACCCCAUAGAAAAAUUGGCUCAGAUAAUGAUGAAACAUUUGAACCUUUUAGAAGCUUUGGAAACAAAAAUCUUGUGGUUGAACGAAGAAGUGCAAAGAAUAUUGUUUGUCCAAAUGAUAAUAAUGAAGAAAUUUAAUCUAAAAUUCAAACUAUGUUAAUAUUUUAUGAUGGGAUAAAGACCGAAUAAGGAAUUUUAA